UGCCUGAUAGUCGAAUCAGGUUGUAAACGGCGUUAUGUAGAGGAGUGUUUCAGUUCCUACCAAGUAUUGUUUGAUUUUUUUUUGUUCUGUGGCAAUGUUCCGCAACGCUUUCCAGCAUCGAUUCGUUACGGUGUUCACUAGUGGUGGAAGCAAGCCGCUUGCCAUCUGGGAUGUGCAUACGAAGAAUGGCCACGCUAGACGUGUGACCGAUGAGAAUACUCGUUCACUUGCGUUCGAGCUGACCGGUGUAAACGUUGCCACCACCUUUAUGGUAGCGCCAUGUGCGCCGUGUCCCUCCCUCUCGAUUAAACUUCCGUUCAUUGUGAUGCUGUUGAAAAACAUGAAGAAAUUCUUUUCUUUCGAAAUUCAGAUUCUGGACGAUAGACAAUCGCUGCGUCGUUUACGCUUCUCCAACUAUCAAAGCGUAACACGUGUGGAUAACUUCAGCGCCUUCAUACCAAUAUCUUUGGCCCCGGGAUGGGGUCAGGUACAGAUUAACUUGGCGGACUUUACUCGAAAAGCAUAUGGCACGAACUAUGUCGAGACAGUUCGAUUGCAAAUACAUGCAAACGUGCGUAUCAAGCGUAUUUACUUUUGUGAUCAACUUUACACGAACGACGAAACACCGCCCGAUUUGAGACUGGUACAACCGAUCCGACCAAAUCGUAUGAUGCAGCUAAAGAUGCAGCAGAAGCCACCGAAGAUCCCACAUGAGCCAAUUGAAACGGUACGCCCACCGACACCGAUAGAUAAUACUGAUGUGACUAAUCAGUUGGAUAAUGAGCUUGCACCAGCACAAUGUGCCGUUGGAACAGAACUCUAAAUGUUUGCUAAAUAGUUAGAUAUUAGCUAGGACGGUUUAUUUUAUUACUCCCUGUAAUUGUUUUUGAUAUUUUUUACAAACACGUGUUCAUUACAACAAACACGUGUUUCAUACAACUUUAGCAACUCCUAUCGGCAUUUUUAAACCGGCAUGCUGACAUUACAAAAUUGACAGUUUGGCGCAAAAUACCAAGCAGCAUGCUGCAACACGACAGCCAUUUGCAAAGGUCAAGUUCGUACAACACUUGUCAAUUGGCACGGCAAAACGUAUGUUUAUUUUUGUUCCACAAUAUUCACUGCAAAUUCUUAGUGAUUCGCAAACAAUAAAUAAUGUAUUGUAUGAAACCAUAA